GCCGCCCCGCGCUGCCCGGCCCCGGCGGCGCGCCCCCGCGGCUUGGAGAUGGACGGCAGCCUCCCCGUGAAGAUACCUUUGAGGGCCGACAUGGGCGCCGACCCCCUCUUCGUCGCCGACCCCUUCUUCGCCGCCGCAGCGCCUCCGCCGCCGCGGUCACCCAGAGAGACGCUGGCCAACCUGACCGCGCAGAUGCUCAGCACCAUGCACCAGGCCGCCGUGGCCGAGGCGGCGCGUGCGGCAGAAGAGGCCAAGCGCGCAGGCGACCGGGCCAGCGCCGUGCCCCCUGCGCGGUCCCGCGCGAGCCCCGAGUGGCACAACGAGGUCCUCACCGUCUUCGACCGCGCCGUCGAGCAGGUCCAGUGGGCCAGCGUCCAGGACGCCGGCCUGUCCAGGGCCGGCGCCUCCGUCGGCGGUCUGGGGCACGCCACGAGGACAGAACACGAGGGCGCUGCACAACCUGCGCGGCGAGCUGCUCGACCUGCUCGCCGCGUGCCCCGCCCGCGCGGGCGCCGGGGAGCCCGAGGAGCGCGGCGGACCAUCAGCACGGCCCGCCGUGGCCGCAGCGGGGCGCGGGCCCGCCGGGCGCGGCGGGCGCGGCGGGUGCCGACGCAAUAGCCAGCACCUGGCGCGCACAGGAGCCCAAGGCCGCAGUCGACGCGUCGGUGUUCUCCCGAACGUGGCCCUUCGCCGGAGUGACCUCUGGUCCGAGCGCGCAGGCCGCCGCUGACGCACCGCGCGCGGCGAUCGGCGAGCUGCGCGCCAGAGGGGGGGAGCAGACGGCCCCGCCGCCGUGCGUCCCGCGCCACGGCGCCGCGGCGCGGGCCCCCGUGCGGGGCGCGCGCAGGCAGCCCCAGGGCGGCGCCGGUGCCGGAAGGGCCGCCGCCGCGCAGCCCGGCGGGCCGCAGCAGCCGAAGGAGCGCCAGGCGCACAACCUGUCGUCCAGCCUGCAGCUGCUCUCCGGCGAGAACCAGGACUGCAUCGUGAUCGUUCGGCGCAUCAACAAGUUGGGCUUCAAGGGCGUCCCCAAGCUGACGCGCUACUUCUCGUCCUUCGGCCAGGUCGUUCGGGUGCUGGUCGCCCACUCGCACACCCUGACGGCCAAAGAACAGGCCGGCGGCUCGAAGGACACGUGCCAGCGCCCGAGCAGCCUGGGCUUCGUGCUCAUGGCCGCACCGGAGGCGGCGCGGGCCGUCCUGGCGAGGGGCGCCGAGCAGGAUCGAGGUCGAGGGAGUGGCGAUCCGCGUGCAGCGCUUCGAGCACAAGGGCUGCCAGGACGAGGAGGCCCAGCUGGCUGCGGCCCCCCACCCGCCGGAUGGGCCAGCGACGCCGGCGGUCCGUGA